CUCGGGCAGUGUGGAAUCCUGGCUGUGUUUAAUUGGCGAGUGGCAGGCGGGCUUGGGAGACAGAGCAGGAGUGUGGGAGAUCUAAGGAAGCAAUUGGGACUCACAUGGAGAGGCAACUGCUCUCACUGGCUUUACGAGCUGCGACUUUGACUUUCUGAAAGAUAGAAAAAGAAACGGGUAAAGGGAGGAAGAAACUCAACAGAGAGGCGGAGAACCAGUGAGCUAGAGUUUGGGAGGGGGUGAAUUGACACAGAGAAUUUUUUACAUAGUGAAGAGAGAAGGGUUAAGGAUAUGGAAAGAAAGGAAGGGAGAGAUAGAGAGAGGAAAUGACAGAAGGAGCAACAAAGUGCAAACAGAAUGAAGGAUAGGUACAGGAAAGGCUGCAAUGGAGUGAGAGAAUAGGGGGGGGGUAGGAGAGAAAGAGGCCCACCGCUGGAGAAAGGGCAACAGCACUGACUGCAUACGGGAAAUGACAGAAGUUGAGGAGAGAGAGGGAGAGAGGGAAAGAGAAAGAGAGAAAAGAGGGAAAACAAGGGGAAGUUAGAAAAGCAAGGAAGGGGGAGGUGAGUCUUGAAAGGGAGAGAAAGAAAAAAGUGGUGGAGGAGAAGUUGAAAGAAACAGCAUGUGAGAAAAGGGAAUAGAAUGGGGAAAAGGACAGAAACACGGUAGAGGAGUGAGAGGAAAAGACCUACGCAGAUGAGAAAAACAGCCUUAGUGAAUGGCCUGGGUGGGGAAAGAGAGAGGAGGUAACUGGUUGUUUUGUAAGUCGUCAGCCUGGGCGUCUUUUAGUCUCCUACUGCUAUGCACUCAGAGAAGGCGGCAAAAGGACAACGUGCCCUCCAACCAGCCAAGGACUACUGCCAACUAUGCCUACACCAGGGACCAACGUUAACACAUCACAGGCAGGAGCUUGGUGAUGGGCAAUGCCCACCUCUGGAGCCCAAUCUAAGGUCACACGUGUGGAGGGAAGACUUGCCUCUACCCUUUCCACUUGAUCUGGAAACACUUGAGGACAGGACGGGGAACCAUAACCAUCAUGACCUGCAGAGACGGCAAGUCUACUUGGGGCCAAGCCACUAUACUGUGUCUGAGAGGUGCAGCCCACCAUGCUACUUGUGGAGGGAGGUGAGGGUACCUAGAUGGGACCCCCAGCUUCACUCAUCUACAUGUGUGCGGGAGAGAUCAGCACUGGCACAUCUUGGACAGGAAGUCGCUGAUGAGCGAGUGGCAGGCAGGCUAGGGAGACAUAGUGACUGUGGCUGUGGGAGGGAAUGGUACCAUCAUGAGCUGCCACACCCCCUCAAUGGUGGCCCCAUGCUGGCAAAGGUCAGGAGCCAGUGGUACCUCAGGGAAGCUCAGAAUGUGUCAGAGGAGCAUCACUUGUACUGUGUGAGCGAGAACUAUCAGCAGAAUACACAUCUAAGAGCACUAGAAUGGGACAAUAGACAUAAAUUUGGAUACAAUGAGCACUGUGAAAGGAGGCAUGUUACUUUUGAGGGUCAUGAUGAUGGGCACAGCAUUGAGAUUAAUGGACCAACCAGUCCUAUCAAAAACCACUGUAAUGGAGCUAAGGCGUUCUUUUCAACUGAGGUUCCCCAGAGCAAAUUUGCAGUCUCCAAGACAUUGCGACCUAAGCUGCCAGUGAGUGGAAUCCAUGAUGGAGAGACCGAACUGUGUCAAGCAGACAGGGCAGAGGUUGGGGGGAGCCGGAGUAUCCACAGGAAGAGCCAGGGAACAGUGCGUGAGCAGAUCAAACAAGUGGUGACGGAGUUAGAGGAUGUGCUCAGUGGUCUCAAACAGGUUCAAAUGGAGAUGAAAGAGGUGGUCCAACAGAUUGAUGUUCUGACUUCCAACAUUGACCUGGGCGAGGAGGAGCAAGGACCAUUCAAUGGUCUGCCACAGGAAUCCAUGCACCAAGCCAAUCGUAUUGGAGUUGUGGCACUUGUCCAUAAUGCAAACAGAGAUGCAGAACCACUGCAAAGAGACAGCACACAUGUUGGUGUCAAAUCACAGACCACUCGUUUCCUAUCAGACCAUAGCUUGGCCGUGGUGAUUUCCACUUGCCCUGACAGUCAUCCCACCACAAAGAGCCACGCAAACCCAUCCUCCCGCGUUCCUGGUCUGGUAACUGUUGAGUCUGCAGACAGCAGCCAGAUGAAUCAUACGUCUGCUCUGGAGCUUCAGAAGACAAGGAGCACUGCCAAUGGAGACUGUCUGCGAGCCAGACCUCCCAGAGCCAAAGUCAAAGAGCUGCAGCAUCCAAGAAGCAGAACAGAUCAUACAAAGAAUCUCGACCCCCCUUAUCCUCUAGCACCGAUUAGCUUGGCUAAAACUCAGAGACCCCCACCGUACCCACAAAAUGGACUGGUUAAAGUACCCCCAAAGGAUUCAAAUGUCCUGAAAACACCUCCGUACCCUGGAAAACCGAAACAGCUAACCUCCACCAUGGUGUAAAGGUGGGGUGAAAAGGGAAGUUCCACUGGCUCUGACUGCACUCAUGAGGACAACACACACCCACACACACAGACACACAAAGAACGUAAAUAGGAUGUUUUUCCCUCAGCAUCCUCAUGGUUAGGUAAUGCAGGGUGAGUGGACAAUGGGUGCUCUCAAAAGUCGAUUCUCAGUAUGAAUAUGUAUUUGCAUUUGUGUGAGUGUGUUGCCAUAGUACUUGACUGCUUCGGGGGCAAAUGUGCUGUAAUGUAUGGCAUUUACUCAUAAAGCAUGAAAUUGAUUUGUAAAGAUACUUGGCCUAUAUUGAAAGAGGAACAAAAACCAUCAACCUCACCAAGACUCCUUCUCCUUUAGUCAUUCAUUCUGGGAAGCAGAGGAGGUUGUUGAAGUUGAAUCAUUUCAACAGAAAUUGAAACCCUGCCAUUUGAGAAAAGACAAAACACACAUUUGAAUGAUUUGUUCCAUCUGUUUACCCAUAGACUGUCCUUUGGUUCUCAGGUUUCUGUUUGUGUUGUUGUUUUCCUGCGUGCCGGAGUCAGUGGUUGUGAAUUCUGUGUAUUUCAGACCUAAUCAACUCAGGCGAGUGUGAAGGAGAUUGGCUCAUUGAGGGCCCUGGAGCAUGCAGCUUUUCCAUAUUAUUCAUCAGUCCUGCAUGCAAUCAAGCGUGUUUUAGAAACAUUCAAAAAAAUAAUGGAUUAUUUACAGUAUUUAUGAGUAGAGAACAAGAGUUCAAAAAGGAGCAUGAAGCGAUACUAAUGUUCUGCUUUAGUUUAAGUGUUAGUUGAUGAGAGUCACAUGACUGAUUAGCCUGUAUGAUGAACAUGUGGAAAUUGAUUGUGUUUAAAUUAGAGGAUCACAUAAUGACCUACUGGUGCAAUCAAUUGGAAAGUAUUUGGCGUGUUUCAGCUUAGCAGUGGCUGGAAAUUGGGAUUUUAAAAGCUAAACAUUUAUCUUGCAUCACUCUGGUUUUAGUCUUCAAACUUUUGAAACAGUCCUGUGUGUACAGGAAGAGCCCGAUUUUUCCCCUGCCAUGUUUUGAAAACAGUGGUUGAGGUUUGGCAGAUGCUGCUUGCCAUCCUCUGGUGGACGGAAUGUGCUAUGACAGGCUAUUUUUCACUCUCUAGCCAUUUUUGAGUCAGUCUGGUUUUGAUUAGACACCACCUGGCUUGGUGAUGGACUGAACGAGGCGGCUUUGUAUAGUAUUUGCAUUGCAAAAUGGUAGUUGCCCACAGCUGGGAGAACAUAUGACUUACCUCAACACCCAAAGCAGGAAGCACAGAGAAGUAAACAUGAGCUAAACAAAUGCUCUGUCCACACAUCCCAGCAGAUGGUUUAAUAAGACUUGCUUAGAGUGGACAUUCAGUGCCUGGUGACCUUUGACCAGGUAAAGAAAUAGGUUUUGAGUCUUUAGGCCUCACCAGUGACUGCCUUUGCAGCAGUGGCUGCUAUGAAUGUUUCAUUAUUUCCUGGUGGUAUUCAUUAAAAUGCAAUCUAACUUCCAA